AUGAUAAGAAGUGUAUUAUUUAGUUUAGUACUUAUUUUAUCUAGUACUCAAAAUCUUUUAGAUCCUUUUCAAUGUGAUAGUGAUAGUUCUAUGGCUACCUUAAGAAAUGAUAAGGUUGAAGGUACAGAAAGAACUCAGAAAAGACGUUUUAUUUUCCCUUUUUUUUCUUAUAUCAGAAGAUUUUUUAAUCGUAGAAAGAAGUACAAUGUUGAUAAUAAAAUUUGUUCUGAUGAUAAACAGGUAUUAGUGUAUAAAUUGAAAAAUAAAAACACUAACAGUGAAAGAGAUUAUUUAAAUGGAUGUUUUAUUGAUUAUGAUAGUUUUGAAGAUAGUAGUUUAACUGAUGAAGAAGAAAAUAUAGAAACCUCUAUUUCUUCAGAUGAUUCUGAUUGUGAAUCAACUAAUAAACAGAAAAUUAAAAAUUAA